AUGUCGAAUGUACUCAGGCCGUAUCUUGCCGCAGUGCGUUCGACGCUGACUGCUGCUCUCACCUUGGAGAACUUCUCGUCUCAGAUAGUUGAACGCCACAACAAACCGGAGGUCGAGGCCGGUGGGUCCAAGGAAGUGCUCCUCAACCCUCUCAUUAUAUCGCGAAAUGAAAAUGAGCGGGUCUUAAUCGAACCGUCGAUCAAUUCCAUCCGGCUUAGCAUCAAGAUAAAGCAAGCUGACGAGAUUGAGCGGAUCCUGUGCCACAAGUUCACUCGUUUCAUGAUGCAGCGGGCAGAGAACUUCAUUGUAUUGCGGCGUAAGCCAGUUCAGGGUUACGACAUCUCCUUCUUAAUCACCAACACCCACACGGAGACUAUGCUGAAGCACAAGGUUGUGGAUUUCAUCAUACAAUUCAUGGAAGAAGUAGAUAAGGAAAUAAGCGAAAUGAAGCUAUCUCUCAACGCCCGUGCCCGCAUAGUGGCCGAGUCCUACUUGACUGCGUUCAAUUCAUAA